AUGAACUCAACCCGCCAGAACGUCGAGGAAUUAUUCAUCGGACCAGAGAUCGACGUCUCUCGGCUCCGUGUUCUUCUGAUCAGUGGAAAACUUGACCCCCACAGUAAAUUACGUUCAAAAGUCUGGCAAAUCCUCUUAGGAUAUCUUCCUCCAAACCAACUCACAUGGGGAGAAGUCAUUCAACAAAAGACUCAACAGUACAAGACAAGUACAACACAGGUCCUCCCUUCUAUCGUUGGAACUUCAGACUUUUUGGAUUGUCCACAGCUCACUCCAAAGAAGUGUACAAGUCCACUCAAACAAAAACAUUCCCCUUUACUCACUGAGUCGCAACUGACGUUUAAUUCAGAAAAGUCGGGCUCGGAGUCCGAUAAGAAUUCCGACGAUGAAGGAGUCUUAGUGGGAUCAAGUCAUUCAUUCGAACAACCAAACCCUGUUCUGAACUUACCAGAACGCUCUCAAUCCUCCGCAGCUUGGUUCUCUCCACGAGGAUUUUUCGACAGUAUCAUCCGGUCCCGUUCUAACUCAACCCCCAAGAAGGAGAAGUGCGCCUCGACUAACGCGACAAGAAGCCAACUGCGGACAAUCAACAACGACGUCCCCAGAACAGCUACUUUGCUCAAGUUUCCAGAGGAAGAGGCUGAGAUCCAUAGAAAUGCACUUCGUCGUAUUUUGUAUACCCUGUUGUGUGUCGACAACAUCAAGUACACUCAAGGCGAAAAUGAAAUAGCGGCAGUCCUUUACUACGUCUUUGCUGUCACCCCAAAUAUCAUUGAUUAUUACGCGGCAGAGGUUGCCGCGUAUUACUGUAUGAAGACUGUGAUGGGGGAGUACUCUCAUUACUUCAAUGAGAAAGAAGACGACAAACCAGAGGGGAUCAACACGGCGAUGAACGAAGUCAUGAGAAUACUAAGAGAAGAAGAUAACGAGUUGUACAACAACAUGAAAACAAAGAAUGUUGAAAACGCGUUGUAUUUGUUGCGAUGGAUCUCCUUAAUGAUGGCAGAGGAGUUACCAACAGACUCGUUGAUAUUACUGUGGGACAGACUUCUGACUGAUUUGAAGUCAAAGAAGUAUUUGAUGUAUUUCUGCGUGUCAAUGCUCCUCUCCGUCAAGGAAGAAAUCAUGUCCACUGGGUUCUGUGGAACACUGAAAAUCCUCCAAAAAUUCCCAAGAAGAGAAUUCAAUGAUUUGGAUAUGUUCACUCGCUAUAUGAUUAAAUACCCAAAGAAGGUCAGAGACCCGUAUGGGUGCGAUAGAAUCUCGUCACCCUUGAGCGUGUUCAUGACCUCCAGAAUCCCUAAACGUUCUUGUACUACACCAAGCGGAUUCCAACCUCUUCUUUUCACGUCAAUUAUUUGA